AUAGGGCUAAUAGAAGACACCAGGCAAAAAUGAUAAACGUUAUGAACACUGCAUGGAAAAACGAGAAGCUCACAAUAAACUUCACUACCAGACCAUAUAAAGAACCUAGACUUAAUGAACCAUUGUAUGAUGGAAGUAAAACCACAAUCCUACAAUCAGUGUUGCGCCAUUUUGUGACUUUUUGCUCGAACAAUGGAAUGUCAAAGUCUGCAGUGAGCAUGUGUUUGUCAAAUGAAAAAAAAGUACUUCCUCAACCAAACAAGCUACCUAAAAGUUACAAAGAAGCACAUGACAUGGUGAAACACCUUUUGAUACCAACAACAACCUAUCAUUGUUGUGUCAAUGACUGUCAGAUAUUUAGACUUCAACAUUCAGAUGAUAUAAAGUGUGCUGUUUGUGAUGAGGAUAGGUACUUGACCAACUCCCAGAAUCCAAGAAAGACGUUUACCUAUAUACCCUUAGGUCCUAGACUAGCAAGAUGGUAUGGCACAGACAAUGUCUGUAAACUUCUGUAUUCCAAACAGGAGGUUGCAAAUGGAAAACUAGGGGAUUUUACAGAUGGAUCCAUAUAUCAAUCUUGGUAUGAAGAAGGGGGCGUCUUUGAAAACAUGGAAGAAUCGUUAACCGUUCCAUUAGCUUUAUUUACAGAUGGACUUAACCCGAAUAAAAGUAUGGCUACCCAAAAGUCCAUGUGGCCACUUAUUUUGACAUGGUUAAAUUUGCCUGUAAAUGUUAGACAAAUUCUUGGCCCAAUGAUGCUUGUUGGUAUUAUUCCAGGAACCAAAACAGAAGAACCAAAACAUCUUGAUCCUUAUUUAGAAUUAAUUGUGGAUGAACUAUUGACAUUAUCCGAAUCUAAACUUUUUAACACCUACAAAGGAGCACCCUGCAAAGUUAAAGUGGCACUAUUACAAUAUCAGUGUGAUAUACCAGCAUUUGGCAAGCUGUUACAUGUGUCAAGUCAGGCAGCAUUAAGAGGAUGCCCAUACUGUAGAGAAACUGGGGAAUACUGUAAAAACCUGCACAAAGUCGUCCACUUAAACAACAGAUCAUUUUUACCUACCAACCAUCAUCUACGAUCAGAUACCACAAACUAUGCAUCAAAGAGGGAAGAAUCUUCAACUACUCAGCACAUGUAUACCAACGAAGAAGAGUAUGACCUAAGGAAGCAAUAUGAUGAUCUACCAAACAAAAAUCAGAAAAACAAUAUGCAAAAAAGAACUGGUUUGAAAGGUACAUACAGCUUCAUGAAACUACCAUAUCAUAAGAGAUCAGAACAGAUGCAACCAGAUGGAAUGCACACAAUUGCUGAUGUUAUUGGUAAUGUUUUGGACACUGUUACUGGAAAAGAUGAUUCAAAGAAAGUAAGGCUAUGUGAACAAGAGUUCGAUCGUUUUAAAGACACUUGGGUGAAAGAAAAUACAGAUGUGACAGAAGAGUUAACAGACGAUUCCAGCAAUGAAGUAGUGGGUCAGAAAAGGAAAUUAGUUACUCAGAUAAAUGUGCAGCAGAAAAAAAAAAAGAGUAAUGAUGUUGUACAAUGUGUAUUACCACCUGCUCCUUGGAGGUUAGAUCGUACAGCUCUAGCAGUUGCAGAUAAGAGAGCCAAAAGUUUGCAAUACCCACCAGGUUAUGACUACCACCCAGACAAACAUUUCUCGAAGCCAUGGACACUCAGAACUAUGCAUGGGAAGCUUCAGUUUGUCACGAGCAAUGCUGCUGCUUGGUGUUUGCAUGGUUUGUUAGGACCAGAACAAGAGCGUACAUUGCUGAAGUUGUUUGAAGUAUUGAAAAAGCUUACAAAAGAAGAAUACAAAGUUGCUGAUUUAGAACAGUUACAGGAAGAAACCCACGAAGCUCUUGCUUUGAUUGAAAGAGAUUUCCCUUUAUCCUUACAAACAAUAACCAUGCAUCUUCUACAUCAUAUUCCGGAGGGAUUUCCUAGAUAUGGACCAUUAUAUGGGAGAUGGCUUUUUCCUUAUGAGAGGGUUAACUGUUGGAUUACAAGACAAGUACUCAACAAACACAGAAUUGAAUCUACCGUCAUGGAAACAUAUGCAAUAUAUGACUGGUGUGUAUUUAUGCUCAUGUCAGACAUUAUUGAUACGGAUGAUUUAACACUUGGUAAAUUUGAAGAUAUUUGCAAUUUGAAUGAGCCCAAAAAGGAAACCACGAAGAAGACCCCAAAAUUAUUAGAGGAAAAGAUUCUAGAUGAUAUGUCUGAGGUUUAUGACUUUGCAUUAACUUCAAGAAUGAACAAACAAGGGUUAGUUUUGAAGAGUGUAGAGAAAAAAGUAAAUGGAAAAACCAGUCGAGUUUCCAGCAAUAAACAGUCACCAUCACAUGUUUACCUUGUCAGGAAUUUAAAAGACCACCAUCCCUGUGUGAGGGAAGAAGAUGAUAUGGUCUUUGGUCGUGUGAAAUUGAUUUUCGAACAUGAUUGGCGUGGUAAAAUGUACACUUGGGUACUUCUUGAUUUGUUCAGUGAUGUUGCAUAUACAGAUGGGUUUUGGAACGUUUCAGAACGAGUGAGUUGUUGUAAGCCCUUCCUCCUAGAUGAUAUCAGUGAACCACAAGUUAUAGGAAGAGACAAUGAUAGAUUGGUUUUCAUUGGUGUUGAUGUGAAAUUAAUGUUGUAAUGUUUUGUAGACUUGAGAAAUGAGAAAAGAAUCAAAUUUAGAUAUUUUUGUUAAAUCAUUGCAAGUAAUUGAUUUCUAGACUCAGCAGAUACAAUUUGGUCUGUUUAUAAUUAUAUGUCCAUCAUCAUGACCAUAAUCUAGAGAUUGGUUAUCUGUCACUUAUCUUGUUUUUAGCUUGGUCAUGUAAAUUAACAUCAAAGGAGGUAAAACAACAAUGUGCAAACAGAAAUCUUAACAUUUAGGUCCACAAUGGUGGUAUACUCCAAUCAUGCAUUGACUUAGACAAAUAAUGAUACAAGGUACAUUGACUAUAUGUACAUGGUCAAUGUUUUAGAUAUGAAAAGAUCGUCUUUAAAUUAUGUCAAUUAUGUUUGCUGGCGUGACCAAUAUGCUGGAAAGAGCUUUUCUCAUUUUCCAUUAAUUGUCAUUAUUUUUUAUGGAAAACUUUGUCAUUUUAUCAACUAUUCAUGACCAGGAUUUUUCUAAAUAAUGGCUGACAAACCCACCCUAUGGUUAAACUUAGGGCUAUGAGAAAAUAACUGACUAAAAUAGAUUAACACUCAAUCCAAAAAUGAUUUUAUUCUCUUGUAAAAAAGUUUAAAGGAAAAAAUAUUUUUUGAAUUUGAAUACUAUUUACAGUAUGACAAACAUUUGGAAAUGUCAACUUUCUUAUUUUUAUUUUUAUUCAUCACCUUUUAAUUUUGGACUAAAAACAUGUAAAAUAAAAAAAAAAUCUUUUUGACUCAUUUAUCUG